AUGGAGACAACCCUUCCACUGCCGUUCCUAGUGAGCGUUGCCAGUCCCAACGAUCAAACUGCCAAUGAUGGUCUUGCACGCCAAGAGAUUGCACUGCUUGGAGCUCCCUUCUACGAGACAGCUUCCAAAGACUGGGGUCGUCCUAGUGCCGGUACCAAUGUUCACAUGGACGCCACAAGCCUGAACAAUCCUAAUGAGGUGAUUGCUCUGCUCGAUGGCGGGGUAAGAACGGUAUUCGUAACUUCAGAAACAUACUCGGAGUAUACCGAGUAUGGUACCAGAGUUAUCCCCAGCGUUUCUACUCUCGACCUCUCCCCCGCUACGGAGAAUGGCCUGUUGGUCAAGGACUUCGAUGUCUCAUCAAGCGACGUCAACAAGUUCGUUGAGGAUGCCCAGGCUAAGAAGCUCAAGAACCUUUACAUUAAGCCAGCCCCUAACACCGACAUCGAGAAGUUCGUCGAGGUAGCCAAGAAGGCCAACGCCAUCCCCAUUAUUCCCUCCACGAGCUUGACGACCGACAAGAACGAGUCGAGCCGGUUGUUGCUGUCCAAGAUCAUCGCAUCAUACUGGAAGUCCGAUCGAACUGACGGCCUUAUUCCUACUGUAGUCACUGAUGACGCUGGAAUUGCCCUGGGACUCGCUUAUACCAGUGAAGAGAGCAUUCUGGAGGCUCUACGAACACAAACCGGUGUUUACCAGAGCCGCAAGCGUGGUCUAUGGGUGAAGGGACUUACCUCUGGAGAUACCCAGGAGCUGCUGCGAAUUGGACUCGACUGCGACAAUGACACCCUCAAGUUUGUGGUUAAUCAGAAGGGUCGCUUCUGCCACCUCCAGCAGUUCGGCUGUUUUGGGGAUCUAAAUGGCAUCUCUGCACUAGAGCAAACGCUCAAGUCGAGAAAGGAGUCUGCCCCUGAGGGGUCUUACACUGCUCGCUUGUUUUCUGAUGAGAAACUCCUACGAGCCAAGAUUAUGGAGGAGGCAGAGGAGCUGUGCGAUGGAAAGACCAAAGAGAACAUCGCGUUCGAGGCUGCUGAUCUGAUCUACUUUGCUUUGACUAAGGCUGUUGGUGCGGGCGUUAGUCUCGCUGACAUCGAGGCAAACCUUGAUGCCAAGAGCCUUAGGGUCAAGAGGAGAACAGGUAAUGCCAAGGGUAAAUGGGCUGAGAAGGAGGGCAUCAAGACUGAGGAUGCCCCCUCAAAGCCGUCACAGCCGGCAGCGGAGAAGCCAGCCGAUGGACGUAUCUCCAUGGAGCGGGUUGACUCUACGAAGAUCUCCGAGGCUGGCCUCAUCGAGAAGCUCAAGAGGCCUUCACAGAAGUCCCCUGAGGCCAUCUUGAACAUCAUCAAGCCGAUUAUUGAGGAUGUGCGAACAGGUGGUGACAAAGCUGUUCUGUCUUACACCCACAAGUUCGAGAAGGCAACUUCUCUGACAUCCCCUGUGCUUAAGGCUCCUUUCCCUAAGGAGCUGAUGGACAUUUCUCCCGAGACCAUUGAGGCUAUCGAUAUCUCUUUCGAGAACAUCCGAAAAUUCCACUCUGCCCAACAGGAGGAGAAGUCUCUCCAGGUUGAGACUAUGCCUGGCAUUGUCUGUAGCCGCUUUUCAAGACCUAUCGAGAGAGUCGGUCUUUACAUCCCUGGUGGAACUGCCGUUCUCCCUAGCACUGCCCUGAUGCUUGGCGUACCAGCUAUGGUUGCUGGCUGCCAGAAGAUCGUCUUUGCUUCUCCUCCCCGAUCUGAUGGCUGCAUUACUCCCGAGAUUGUCUACGUCGCUCACAAGGUCGGUGCCGAGAGCAUUGUCUUGGCCGGAGGUGCACAAGCUGUCGCUGCCUUGGCGUACGGUACUGAAAGUGUGACCAAGGUUGACAAGAUCCUUGGACCUGGCAACCAAUUUGUUACUGCGGCCAAAAUGCACGUGAGCAACGACACCAACGCUGGUGUCGGUAUCGACAUGCCUGCCGGACCCUCAGAGGUUCUCGUUGUUGCAGACAAGGACGCCAACCCUGCUUUCGUUGCAUCUGAUUUGCUCUCCCAAGCUGAGCAUGGUAUUGAUAGUCAGGUUAUCUUGAUUGCUGUUGACCUCAGCGAACAGGAGCUCAAGGCCAUCGAAGAUGAAGUCCAUAACCAGGCCGUGGCACUUCCCCGUGUCAACAUCGUUCGAGGCUCUAUUGCUCACUCCGUUACUGUUCAGGUCAAGGACAUUACAGAGGCUAUGCGUAUCAGCAAUGAGUAUGCCCCUGAGCAUCUCAUCCUCCAGAUCAAGGACGCCGAGAAGGCUGUUGAUCAGGUGAUGAACGCCGGUAGUGUUUUCAUCGGCCACUGGACCCCUGAGAGUGUUGGUGACUACUCCGCCGGUGUUAACCACUCUUUGCCUACUUAUGGCUUUGCUAAGCAAUACUCUGGUGUCAACUUGGGCUCGUUCCAGAAGCACAUCACCAGCUCCAACCUUACCGCUGAAGGCCUCAAGAAUGUCGGAACUGCCGUCAUGCAACUAGCCAAGGUAGAGGAGCUCGAGGCUCACAGAAGGGCUGUGGAGAUUCGACUUAACUAUCUGAAGCAACAGCAAUAA